GGGAUCUUUGAACCCAUCUGCUCGAUUAUAGCGACACCCCUAUUGAAGCUGAGGAGGGGGCGCUCAGGAGCUGGGGGGGAGGCCGGGAUCUUUGAACCCACACCCGCAAUUAUAGCUACUACCCCCCUGAAUUCAGCCCUGAGAAAGCCAGACGCGCCCCCCCCACGCCCCUCCACGCAGAAAGGAGCCGCCUUCUGCGCUCCUCCUAGUAGCGUUUCCUCUUUCAAACUUAGAGGACUGCGGUGUGGGAAGGCGAGGAAGUCCGAUCCGGCUUCUCCCUUUCUUUUAUUAUUAUUACUAUUAUUAUUUCAUUUUUACGAGCUCUGUGGACGGGAUCGGGUUGCAGAGGUGGCUGCUGCAUAAUUCCCUUCCUCCCAGAGUUCUAGUAUAUGUGCCGCUGAAGUGGGUACCAAUCUCCAUUUCGAAUUCAACAUGCCUGUACCCUUGACGGCUCACAGCUGCUGCAGCCUUGCUGAACGGAGUCCUUGUUCGUUGCCAGACCUCUCUUCCAUCCUGCGGAGCCCUGCGUGAGUCGGGAGAGUAUCUGUCAGCUUCCCAGAGAACCGUUGGCCUCUGUGGUCAUGGAAUCCGGCCAGCUAACUGUACUAGUGCUUGCAUGUGUGUGGAUGUCGGAGAUUGCCUCCCAGAACCAUGUCGGACACCUGAAGGAACAGAAGGCGGACCACUUGCUCCUGAUCAAUGAAGUCAACGCGGAUAACCCUGGCGAUGACACUAUGGAGUAUUUGGAAUUGUACCACACCAGCGGCCGGCAGGCCCGGCUGGACAGCUAUCACUUGGUCUUCUACAACGGGAAGGUGAACCAAGCCUACAAAGUCCUUGACCUUCUGGGCUUUUCCACUGAUGAUGAAGGCUUCUUCCUCAUUGGGUCGUCCUCGGUGGUGCCGAAGCCGUCAAUAAUCCUCCAGAAAAACACAAUCCAGAACGGGCCAGACGCUAUCGCUCUCUAUUAUGGGAUGGGACACUUUUAUGAAAAUAUGAACAUCACCAGCAAAGGUCUGGUGGAUGCUUUGGUCCAUAAGUCUAAAAAAAGUGACCGGGCGGAUGAGUUGGUCAGGAUUCUGACGCCAGGCGUUGAGCCUUUCUUGGAGGACCCUUUUUUCAGAACCACCGACGAGUCGCUGGAGAGGUGCCAAGGGGCAGAUUCUCAGUGGUUCUUCCAAACGGGAGCACCCACGCCUGGCUCGGAUAACCACUGCAUCCCCUUUUCACAGCUGAAUGCGUCCGUGGUGCUGAUCAAUGAGGUCCACUUGGUGUCAUCCCCUGGCGAGUUUGAAUUUGUCGAACUGCAAGGCCCUCCUUCUGCCGAUUUGAGGGACCUGGUGCUGGUGCUGAUUGAGGGGACCACACGGAAUAACUACUUCGCCAUGGAGGUGCAUGGCAAAACGUCUCCUGAUGGACUGCUUCUCAUUGGCCCGGCCCAAACCCAAAGCCCAGUGGACCUCCCAUUCCCCGCAAACUCCAGCAGCCCCCUCCUCAAAGCAGGUGCCAAUGCUGUCGCCUUAUACAGGGGGGUCAGCAGCAGCUUUGCCGUGGGAGCGGCUGCAUCGGUCGAAAACCUCCUGGAUGCUUUGGUUUACACAACAACGGAAGGCACCGAUUCAGAGCUGCGGAACAUCUUGACCCCCGGGAGACCCAUCUUCUAUGUGAGAAAGCGAUCCCAGCAGGGCGAUAUCUCAGUGAACAGGUGUGUCUGCUGUUCCAUCACCCAUGAUCCCACCAUUUACGCUCUCGGCCCGCCCAGCCCUCGACAGUUCAACGACUGCCCCAGGAAACGCUUCAGUCAAGAGAUUUCCGUGUGCCUUCAAGUCUCAGAUUGCCAGAGAGAGCCCCCAGAGGUGCAGAUCCAGAUGUCUUUGGCCCAGGCUCUUGAUAAGCAGUGCAGUUGCGGUGUGUCUCCUGCCUACUUGAAGGAUCCUGUUGUCACUUGCAAUGGCACGCAGUUAGUUUUCACAGCUCUCAUGACUGCCCGAUCAGCAGAGCAGCUCAACAGCCAGCUGCAGGCCAUCUCGGUCUUCUUGGAGAGCAAGCGAGUGAUGCGUUUUGGAAGCUGGAACGGCACAGUGGCGAGGUCUUGUUCGGGAGAGACCAAUGGGACGGAAGUGCCUCCAGGGCCGUCGGAGAAGCCGGGAACCACUGAAGAGCCUCCAGUCUUACGGACUGAGCUGCUAAUCAACGAGGUGAAUCCAGACAACCCAGGAGCUCGUGAGGACACAGAAUACAUAGAGCUCUUCCACCCUGGGCAAGCGCCCUUUGACCUCCAUGGCUACUGGCUUGUCCUCUUCAACGGCAAGAACAACUUGGCGUACAAGGUGGUGAGCCUGACAGGCCACCGGACCAAUGAGCAGGGCUAUUUCCUGGUGGGGAGCAGUGGGGUGACCCCCAAGCCUUCGAUCGUUCUGCCCAGCAACACCAUUCAGAACGGCGUGGAUGCCGUGGCCCUCUACCACAGCACCACGGUGACCUACAGGACGAACAUGCCCGUGACUGACCUGGGACUGGUGGACGCUGUGGUGUACAAGUCCCGAGGCUCGGAGAAGGCUGACAAGCUGGUCGCUGUUCUGGUUCCAGGCCAAGGUAUCCUGCACGAAAACGACUCCCACAGCAGCGAGGACGAAUCCCUCAGUCGUUGCCACAGCCUGAGGCCUAGAAAUCACAGCAGCUUCCAGGUGACAGUAAUCACUCCUUUUCAGGAGAAUGCAUGCCCCCCUCUCCGCCCAAAUUCCACGGAGGGAGCACCCAGCGCCCAUCCGGUUACAAUCAACGAAAUAGGCCUGGGCAAUGCCACUACUGUGUACCAGUUCAUUGAGCUGAAGGGAAAAGCUGGCGGCAGCUUGGAAGGAUACACGCUGGUGUGCUACUCUGGCCAGGACGCCAAGCCUUUUGCCAACAUCUCACUGCAGGGAACCUUUGGAAGCAACGGCCUGUUUGUCAUCUUGCCCGAAGGGCAGUCCAGGCCCGGCAAGGCUCACGAACAGAUGGUGGUGUCUUCUCUUUGGAACCAGCCCCUUGUCCCACAGGAGCCCCAGGCAGUCGUAGUGUUUAGUUAUGUACCUCUUAGCACGCUAAUUCUGCAGGAGAACUUAGAAGACGCCGUGGUUUACGUACAGGAGCCCAACAUCAGCCCAGGACAUCUGGCCGCCCUGGGACCAGCCCACGUGGUAACUAGGAGGGGAGGAAGGCCCGUGUCCCUGAGCAGUUGCUCUUCCUGUAGUGAAAGCUUUGUCGUCUCAGACCCCACGCCUGGCUUGGAAAACAGCUGCCCCAACCAUAACCUCUCUGUGGAUCUUGGAAUGUGCCUGUUGACACCCGAUUGUUCCUUCUGGUCUCUGAACUCAGUGGUGCUGGCUGGUCUCCAAACAGCGCUGAUACAGUCCAUGGAGGAGAGCUGUUCCUGUGGGAUCUCCUCAUGCCUUCUGCAAGGACUGAAUUUCACCUGCCUCAAUUCCACCCUGAAGCUCUCUGGCCAAGUAUGGGCGUGGUCACCUGAGCAGCUACAGUUUCUUGGCAAGUGGAAGGCAAACUUCUCUGCGAAUUCCCACCCAUUUCCAGUGGACGGAAGACUACUCAGGGCAAAUGCAGACUGCUCUUCUCCAAGCAGGGCAAAACAAAGGCCUGAAGCAGCUUCAUUUCAAGCCUGGGGGGUUGCUCUCAUAACCCUGGGGUCCAUCUUGACUGCACUGGUGUUAAUUGGUGUCAUUUUUUAUUUCAUCAAAAGACGGCCUCAGAAUUACACCACCAUUGAGAUGAAUGACCGCUAUGAAACUAUGGCAGACAUAUGACACUGCCAGGAAUCUCCCUUACCAGGAAAAAUUUGUUUCGGGCAAUCCAACGGAUUUGAAAGUAAUUGCUCUGCCUGACAUCUGCACAAAUGCACAGAGAAUGGAAUGUUGCAUAUUGCAAUGGCCCAAGAUUUUGAUUUUUCUGAACUUCCAUCUUUUGACUAGGGAAGUGGAAACCUGUUCUUUUUAAAAAAAAUAAAAAUCAUGACGUUU